UCUCUUUGGUUAUUCAGCCAAUUUGGACGUGUACCAAUAAAACUUUGUACAAAUAUUGAUCUCCGUUCUACUCAAAAUGAAAUUGAAAGACUUCUUUUUGAAUCUGAUGACGAAAAUUUUGAUUAUUCUGAUUCUGGCAGCGAUUAUUUGGGUGCAAGUGAUUCCGAUUCUUCGUCGACUUCGGAUUUAGGAAAUGAAAUGUCUACUGAACCAAAUUUCGAAUUUCCCAAUACAAUAACAACUAAUAACACUUGGACAACAAACGAAAUUGAUCUUUUUAAUUUUACGUUUGAUAAACAACCAGGUUUACUCGUUCCAAUACCCGAAAACGGAAAACCCAUAGAUUUUUUUUUCAUGCUGUUUGAUGAGGAUUUUUUUGAACUUAUAGUUAGAGAAACAAAUAACUAUGCCGAGUCUGAAUUUUUACGAGUUGGUGCUGCAGAGCGUUCUCGUAUAUCUCAAUGGAAACCUACGGACCGCGAUGAAAUUAUAACUUUUAUUUGUUUAGUUAUUCACACUGGCACAAUCAGACUAAAUCGAUUAAACGAUUACUGGAAAACACAUCAUUUAUUUAAUUUUACAUGUUUUUCGAAUUAUAUGAGUCGCGAUCGCUUUCUAUUACUUUUGAGAUGUUUUCAUUUCGCCCAGAAUCCUACUGACCAUUCUGAAAAUACUCCUAUUGAUAGACUUUUCAAAAUUCGACCUCUUAUAAAUUAUUUCAAUACCAAAAUGAAUAAUAUUUAUUACCCUAAUAAAGAGCUUUCACUCGAUGAGUCAAUGGUAUUGUGGAGAGGCCGCCUUAUUUUUCGACAGUAUAUACAAAAUAAACGCCAUAAAUAUGGUGUUAAAUUGUACAUGCUUACCGAACCAAAUGGACUUAUUAUAAAAUUUGCUGUGUAUACGGGUGUUUUAGAUGACCUAGGAGGUAAAGGUCAUGCUGCAAACGUAGUACUACAUCUGAUGUCCGAAAAAUUAAAUAAUGGUCAUUCAAUGUACAUGGACAAUUUUUAUAAUAGCAUCGAUUUAGCUGAACAAUUAUUACAAAAAAAGACAUACUGUACGGGCACAUUAAGAUCUAACCGAAAACGUAUUCCUGAGGCCGUAGUAAAAUCAAAAUUAAAACCUGGUGAAACAAAAGCAAUGUACUCUAAUGGCGUAUUAGUUGGUAAAUGGAAGGACAAACGGGAUGUUAUGUAUAUUUCUACCGAAUUCAAAAAUAAUUUGAUACUUGCAAAAAAUAAAAAAGGUCAGGAAAAACUAAAACCAGAACCGAUUGCAAAUUAUAAUAAAUUUAUGAGUGGUAUUGAUCGGCAAGACCAAAUGAACAGUUACUAUCCAUUUUUGAGAAAAACAGUUCGUUGGUACAAGAAGAUAGGAAUACAUGUGAUCCAAAUGCUAUUAUUAAAUUCUUACAAUUUGUACAAUCAAUCACAAGUCGGAUCUAAGAUGACACUCUAUGAUUUUCGUUUAUCUAUUCUUAGUGAACUUUUACCAGCAUAUCCAAAACCAAGACUAGAUGCUAAACGAAAACACAUUCCAAAAACACACGAGAUAGGAAAAAAUGGAAGAGCACUUCGUAAAAGAUGUUGUGUUUGUGCAGAAAAGAAAAUACGCAAAGACACUUCAUAUUUCUGUCCAAUUUGUCCAAAUCAUCCUAGUAUUUGUCUAGAACCAUGUUUUGCGAAAUUUCAUCAUAAUAAAUAA